GAAAGCGCACGCUAUGCGGAUCCCGUCGUGAUCCACGUAUCGCGGGACGGUAUAUCGUUUCUUUUAUCUCUUCGCCUCCACCCUGUCCCUCUUUCAUCCCUUCUUCUUGCAACCCUUCUUCUCUUUCGCGCCUUCCCCCGAUUUAAUCAUCCUUCGGCAGUGGGCCAGGGCGUCGUGGUGAUUCGCGUGUCGCGGGGGAGACAAAUGUGCACGGUGGACAGCAGUGUGACAUAGUGCGCGGAAGUAGGGGACGAAGAGAUCGGCAGGAGGGCAGAGGAGCGAAGAACGCGGGAAGAGGAGUAGCAGAAGGUGGAUGAUGAUGAUGAGGGGGCACAGGAAGAGGGCGCCGAGCCCUGAUGCAUUCGCAUUUUCUACAUAGGGGGUACCAUCGUUCCGUCUCUUCGACGUCCGACGUCUGACGACGAGCAGCAGGCACGCCGAGGACGACGGCGGCGACGACGACGACGACGACGACGACGGCAACGACGACGACGACGGCGACGACGUCGCUUAGGAGCCCCCAGCACGAAACCAGCACUGCCGUUUGUUCUCCGAGAUGGCGGACGAAAAGGAGAAGCAGACGUUCUUGCAGAAGCUGCUGUUCUACACGACCGCGUUCUUCAUCCUCCUCAGCACCUUCAGCCUCUUCGCCUUCCUCUUCUUGGUCCCCUUCGUUAUCGACCCCGCCUUCACCACCAUCUUCAUGCAGUUCGACACUCGACCCGCCGAGUGUGUUACCAUCGACGUUGAGUCCAGAAGAGGUACGAGCAAUUGCUCAUGGACAUCCUGUAGAGAGGGUUGCACUAAGGAACUGUACGAUUGCACGCAAAUACGCGUCAACUAUAAGCUACCGGAAAACACGACCGAGGGGUCGGAUGGGGAAGGCGGAGCGGUAGGAAGUGUCGAGGACGACGAAGAGAACAAGCGGAUGCCUCGUUACGAGCGUUCCUUAGGCGAGUACAUCGAAGACGGCGACGAGAACUUUGCCGUGGAUGACGAGAACGGACUGCCGAAAUCUUUCCCUACAGGUCUCAUGGGCAACGACUCCGUGUGGUACUUCACCGGGGCCAAGCUGUUCCCCAACGUAAAAGGCUGUGGAUACCCUCCAAUACUGAAUUGCAGUAUUUUCUACCGGCAGUACGCCAACAUAGGGCAGAACUUUAGCUGUUACUACUCGAAAGUGGAUCCCGGGAUAGUCAUCAGCGACCUCGACAUGUGGCAGGUGUACAUGAACCUUGUGUACGCGAUGGCAAUUCCGAUACCGUCUUUCAUAAUCUCGGUGAUAUACCUCACCAUCGCCUACUUCAAGAUCUACAACGAAGACGAGGUGGUCCUCGUAGGUGGCGAAGAGGGUGAGGAAGGGGAGGAAGGGGAAGGCGACGGUACACCCUUGCCGCCCACUAGCGGUGCACUGACGCCCGGAAGUGAAGCCUUCAGGGAGGAUUUGGCGAGCUUCGGGCACCAACUCAAGGUCGCGAUGGCCGACGACAUCAGCAGGGAAAGUCUUGACGGGAUUCCUAACUCGCUCUCCGCUCAGGGAAACUUGAGCAAGACGAUGACGACGAGUAUCUCGACUCCCCCUGGGCCGACGGCAGCAGUUUGAAGCGGCAUUUUCAAGGUCUGAAUAAUAUCUCGUGGAGACCACACUAGGCGAUUCCAUCGCCGUCCGUAAAGAAGCGAGGCGUCACAGCGGCCGAGGAAAGCUUCCUCGACCGAGGAAAGGAGUCAAGUUAUCUUUCUGUCUCAGGAUCGAUUUUAAAAUCCACCCUCGCGAUUCACGGAGUGAACCAGAGACACACUCGGUACUCUCUCGAGCGAACUCGAAUCGUGCGCGAAUACACGGCGCGAUUCGAGGGCGACCCUUGACUAAAAUCUGCCAUUUCUCUAUCGUAAAUCUGUCCCCGUUAUAAGCGCCGACUUAUAUCUGCAGGUGUCACGACGAUAUUUCGCGACAUACCUUUUCCUACUCGAUAAUAGCUCAAUAAUUGCGAUGUCGUGCGUAUCGAUAACUCUGUCGCAGACUGUCGUGCCAGAGAGAGGCAGAAACUCUCACGAAUGCGGUAUCUUCAGCGCGAUGCACGUAUAUGCGCCAGAAAAGUUCUUCGUUUCCUUGCAAUGUUUAACAUUGGCACGCGGCAGCCGUUAUUCCGCGCGCCAGAUUGAUGAUUUACCUCGCACGAUGCCUUCUUCGUAGCUUGUCUAAGUGCGAUUCGCGAUACGAAAUCAAUUCGCGAAUCUCGUGCCUGUAUAUCGCAUCCCAUGAAGAACCUGUCCUUACUGUCGUACACGUAGCGCGUUCUCGGGUACACCGUAUAUUUUUAAACGAUUUUCCACGAUGUAUCCGCGACGGUAGGCGAUCGUUCUGCGUAGAAAGGAAGCAAAUCGGUUGCUUUGGAAACGGCACGAGUCUAUUCUUGAAUUGUAUAAAUCUAUAAUAAUUGUCAGUUAAAAAUUUACACGUCGUAUAAAUGAUAAAUUUAACGGUGGAUUAUAAGUCUGCCUGUGCAAGUAAUCGAUUUCUCGAACGUACGUUUCUAUCUAUGUAUGGUAUCACGUUACGAAACUUGGAGAAGCUUGUUUUUAUACAAGAAGCGGUUAUCGUUUUUAUGUAAACGAUUCUUUUAUAUCUUUAUAUUAAGCGAUUGAAUCUCAAAGUUACCUGGACUCGUGCCAUUCUCAAAACGACCGACACAAACUUGCAACGAAGCGCAUUUUACCGAGUAUAUACGUUCCCUCUGGUUCACUCAACGAUUACCGAACGGACGUCCAUCCGAAGAACGCAGAGGAGGGAAAGGGACGCUUAGCGAGGUGUCCACUCGUUCGGCGUCGCGCGCUAUCUGUAUAUUAAAAGUCACGAGAGUUAGCUAUGGACUUAAAGAACUUAAUCAACUAUGAGCUAAAUACCGUAAAAACGUUAUGAGUAUUAUCAGGUAAUUCGCUUGCUGUGUGAUCAUGAUGCGUCCACUCGCGUGCAUCGUUAGACAUUUUUAUCAGACACACCGACGACAUCACGUCCGUUCCACUUUUAACUGGCGACACGCUUUUGCAAGUAAAGAAAAAAAAAACGCGCGCGAUUCGCAAAUGUCCACCCCCGCACCCCGUUGCGGCCUCGUCCAUGUAUCGUCUAUGAUCUCCACACGCACAAAUUCUAACGGUUUUUUCAGGUACCUGACCGACACUCACGAAGAAACGUAGGGUACCUUACGCGAGUCUUACGACUGCGCUACAUAUGCGCAUUUAAAUCGAUACGAAUGCACAAGGCGAAGGAACGUUCGGUAUAUAAUGCGAGGUGAGGGCUUCUCUCGAGACAAAAAACCGAGGUAGGGCUUGUUGUUGUUUUAGGUACGCUUUCUGCAUUUAAACGAGAGAAAUUAUGCGCUGUUUCUUCAGGAAAAAAAAAUAAAAAGAGAAAACAGGUGUUGAGAGCACAUAAUUAAAAAGGGCAGACCUAGAGUCACUACAUGGUUUUUUUUUGUUAUGUACCAUUUGUAUAUUUUAACAAUGUUAUAUUUGACAACAUUGAGCUGUUCUGCACAGAAGUUUUAACGAGUAUCCCUCAAAGGAUGAAAAUGUACUUGGUGCCCAACGGUUUAAAAUAAAUCGUAAUCGCGAUAAUUUCAAAAUCGCAAUAAGCUUCGUGCUACUCCUCAGGCUUAAAAAGAACGGCUAGUCUUAUUAUCGUCUCAAUGUCGGCCGUGAACAUAAUUAGCUGUUACGUUACGUUAUGAUUUUAGCAUUAUAACGUCGCCUGGGAUAUCGACCAAACGCUUGCCGCAUGGAAACUCGGAGAGUACCCAGGUAAUACUUCGAAAUGCACGUGAGCAUUUAGUUUAUAGCGUUUGUAUCGAAACUUUGAAAAUUUUACUAAAAACUUGACUGAAAAUGUAUAAUUUGGUUAUUUACAACCUCGAGUUUUCAUCCUCGAAAAUAUAUUGGUGUUCCAUGCGGCAAUAAACUGGGCGAGAUGUGGAAAAAGACCAUAUGUAAUUAUCGCUCGACAUCGGUUUACGUUUCCGGGAUUCGUGCUGUUUUUUUGCGAUCACACACACACCGAGCAAUACCCACGACACAUACACGAUACACCACCGUGAAAGGCACAUUCAAUACACAUCGGUAACCUAUGGAGAAAAAUAAAAAGAUAAUUGAAUUGUUUUUAUGGAUUAAGAACAAGUUGUCUGUGAUCUACAAUAAUUAAAAGAAUAUUUAAUAAGUAUUAACAGAUAAAAAGUAUAAUUGAGAUAUAAUGUUGAACGAUGGAGGAAAGAAAAUAAACCGAAGGACGCUCGGAUUUUAUUGGUACAAGUUGAGCGCAGGUUUCUCGAGGCAUUGGUUGAACAAUACGAUAGUAAGAGAAAUAAAAUGUCGUAUAUAAAAAAUUAAGGUCAUCGCAAAGGAAUUCUAGAAGAAAAGAGGUAUAUAUUAUAUAAAUUACAAAAAAAAAAUAGAGACUUAUACAAUAGAGCACGCAAUGUGUGUGAACAUUUAAAUCGCUACUGUUAAUCUGUACUUAACUUGCGAUAUGAAAACAAAGGUGCGCGUGCUGCGUUCGGAUAGUACCAAUAAAAAAAAAAUAUAUAUAUACAUAUAUAAAUAUAUUAUAUGGCACUUGACCGUCGCGGCUAAAAGUAUAUAGGAUUAGAUAGAUUUAUAGAAGCGCAAAACACCAAAAAUCGUUCCUUCCACCCGCUCCGGCCGUGUAUUCGAUUUUAAAUAUAUCGCAUCUCAUAUGUGAAGUCAAAAGCUCUGUGAAUUUAUAAAAGCGCACCUCAAAACGCAAUUAGCAUCGUCAUAUUACUAAAUGAAGGAAAGGAACUAUCUAUAUACACGCCCGUAUCAUCACCGAAUAAUAAGUUGUUCAACGAGUGUUGCGAAAAAUAUUCGGGAUAAUUUUUCUACAAUUCUGGCACACACAAGAGGAACGUGCAACAUCAUCGUCGUCUUUAUAUUUGUGUACAUUUCAAUUAUGAAUUUUUCAAUAUUAUUAUCGAACUAUGAUCGAUUUUGUGUGAAAGUGUAUAUGGCUUUUUCUGCGGUCAACAAUAAAAUGUUUUGUCAAAGCUUUUUUCACGAUA